CACAGCAGAUCACUCAUUUCCUUGAGAUUGCACAACUACUCACCCCCCUAAGCACUCAGUCUGAAAAAUGCCACCGCUGCAUGGGUCAAAUUCACACACCUCUCCUGUUGUGCCAAAGUAUCAGAGCUUUACUCCUUGAACUGAGUUUCCUGUCCUUUGUGGGUUCCUGCUGCAAUCAUAACGAUCUUUUAAUGUAGUUUCUGUUGCAUCCGGUUCCUGUUUGACUGCACUUUAGCUGAUGACUAUCAUGGAUUUAUGUGACUGGAUUAAACCUCAGUGACACCAGGGGAUGCAAACAGAGUAAUCUCAUAUCUGAUUGUGGAACAGCAUUGAUAGGCUUUGUGAGGGAGCCCUGCAGCUGCAACACAGGUGCGUGGGAACACAAGUAAGGGUCGAGAAGUGAAGAGUAAUUGUGGCGCAUCAUCCGUGUGCUCAUAGAGAUGCAGAGGAGCCCCAGGCCCGUAGCGCAGUUACUGAUGCAGGACAAGCCUCAGAACAUUCAGAUGCUCAUUUGGGAUAAGCCUCCCCAGUCUGGCUGCUGAGCUGAACGAUACAAACCUCCUGCAUCAGCAACAUGGAAUCAAAAUCUCACAAGCACCAUGUCACGGUCCAGGGCAACUGCCCCUGUAUCCAGCAAGAGCGCCUGCUUUUUGGCUUCUGGCUCCCAGCCAUCAGCUCUCUCGGGCGGAGACCUCACCAUGCUGCCUUCUGACCGGGCUGAACAGUUUCCCACCUACACUGUGAGUUCCCCAGCAAGUCAGACUGCCUAAGCAGGCCUGCUUUGCUGUCUCCUCAGAGGCUAGAAAUGGCAUAAUUGCCCCUAAUUUAUAAGGUACCACACAGCUUCUCUAAGCAAGCCCAUUUAUUCUUAAGGUGAAAGUAUUACAGAGAAAACAUAUUAAAACACUAAAGGAACCUACACACAUGCUAAUAAUCUUACCGGAGACCACCCUACCCUACCCCAGCAAGGCCUCUGGGGGUGGGGCAGUCCUUCAAACCCACCAAGCGGUUUUGCUGUGCUUACAGGUUCCUAACAGCAUUAGCUCAGAACAAGCACCCCUAUGAAUCUGAGAGUCCCUCCUUUAUGCUGUUGGGACCUUUGACCUUGGGAUGCUGGGAACAGAUAAACAGGGGGUUGCUCUUCAGGGUGUAGCUUCAAGAGGUUGUGUCUGGAGAUGGGGAUUUGCAUUUCCUCCCCGUCCCCCGCUAUUUCCGCUCAACUAAAAAAAUCAUUCAUGUCCGGUACAUUGUUUAAAUGAAUCCAUUGAAGCUCAUAAUACGUCCCAGGGUUUACAUUGAUCAUGUGUCUCUCUUAGAGACAUCUACCUCCCACAAUAAUACAUUAACAUUUGCAUUUUUAAUCCAACAUACAGUAGAAGCUCAGAGUUACAAACACCUUGGGAAUGGAGGUUGUUUGUAACUCGGAAAUAUUCGUAACUCUGAACAAAACGUCAUGUUCUUUCAAAAGUUUACAACUGAACAUUGACUUAAUACAGCUUUGAAACUUUACUAUGCAGAAGAAAAAUGCUGCUUUCCUUUAUUUUUUAGUAGUUUACACUUAACAGAGCACUGUACUGUAUUUGCUCUUUUUUUUUUUUGGUCUCUGCUGGUGCCGAUUGCAUACUUCUGGUUCCAGAUGAGGUGUGUGGUUGACUGGUCAGUUCGUAACUCUGGGGUUCGUAACUCCAAGGUGCUACCGUACUCCUAAAAUCCUUACAAUGAAUCCAAUGAGCUUUGUCCAGGAUAUUGUUAUAUCUGACACACACUGUCUCUCUCACAGGGCUGUGUGACUUCUGUUUCUGGAGCUGAGAACUGAAAUGCACAGGCGAGGGUGAAAAUGAGAACAAAAAGUUACCCAGGCAUUUCUGACCCAGCGCAGAGGUUCCCUGCGGGUGCUGGGUGGAAGCCCUAGUCUGUCUGUCUCUUUCUCUUCGCCUUUGUAAUGUUCCCAUCACUGUAUCAUCAUUUCUUAUCUGAACUGGUUUUCUCUUUCUCACGCAGUAGUCCAUUAUGAUGCACCUGGUCAGUGUCCAAUAUUUACAGUUCAGUGACUUGGCUGCUUCAAAGCCUCAGUCAUGUAUAUUCUCACUGGCCCCCGAUCCUUCUCCCAUGGAAGAAAAUGGCCAAGCUCCCCCCUGGCUUCAACAGGCUCAGGAGAGGCCCAUUUGUGGAUUAAUUGCCUACAAAAUGUGCAUGAUCGUGUUUAAUUAAAGGACGGCUUUUCCCAUGAACAAAGAGGGCUGUUGCCUCAUAGAUGGGAGGUGUGGACGCCUGGCACCCAUGCCUGCAGCAUCAUACAUAUACAUGGGGAUGCUUUAUUCAUGAGGACUCUGGAGCUGACCCAAGAGUACUCCAUUAAGCAUUUGGGCAUAGUCCAUCAGGAGCAGAGUCCGCAGUGCUCCUAAGAGUUUGUAGGCAGCUGUGCUGCAAGGGCUUUUUGUGCCAGGUGGUGUCAUGUCUCUUCCUCCUUGCAGGCAAGAUUGUGACUCCCUUGCUCAAGUCAAGUCAUAUAUUACAUCACAAGCAAAUUAAUGGGACUUUUCUUCAGUGUGAAGAAGAGUAGCACCGUCUAGUCCACAGCAAGAACAGUCUUUUUAUGUGUUCACUUAGAUUUAACUGGGUGUUUCUAUGGAGUAAGAGAGGAAAGGGGAAGAAUUGUGAAUAUAGAGUGUUGGAUUUAUGACUGCAGGAGAUAGCGAUCCGCAUGAAGCCCGUUUCUUCACCAUGGCCUGUGAAAGCCAAGCAGACGGAGCUGAGAAGCAAAGUCCCCUCUCCUACUGUGGGACCCAUGCAGAUGACAGCUCCCUUCACUGGGUGAAAGAGUUUCACAAUGGCCAAGUGCUUAUGGUUCUCACUGCUAGCAAUACCUGCUCUUCCACCUUCUUUGAUAUGGAGCUUUGUGCAGAGAAACUGAAGACCUUUGGAAUUCAGAUGACAAUGGAUCAGUGGAGGAAUUUAAUUCAAAAUGCCAUUCUGGAACCUGAAGUAAGAAGAUACAUGUUCUACAACUCCAGAGCUUUUGGGAUAGCCAUUGCUGUGAUUUUCUACAUCUCAGUCUGGGCAAAUAUUUACUCCACCAUGCAGCUGUAUUCCUUUGGGUGCCACUGGGAAGUCAGCAUUCUGGUGACGUUGGCUGCCAUAGCACUUACUAUCGUUGUUAUAUUGAUUAUUGACCAACAUCAAAGGAAGAUACACGUGAAUACUGACGUGAGGCUGGCAGCUGCCAAUGAAGUCUUCAUGAAGCACAACUUACUUCUGGGGGUUGCAGAUGCCAUGGACAGACACCAGAACAUUCUACAGCUUUGCUUUGUCCAUUUCAACCUGGAGCAGUGUCGUCACUCCUUAGCAGGCUAUAUUACAGAACGGAAGAGAAACCACGAGUCAGCCCUGAGGCACAAUCUGGACCAGUUCUGUGUCACUAUGGAAACAGUGAUCCACUCGGGUCAGGGAAGAGGAGAGGAGAGUUCGUCUGAAGAGUCGCCUCUUCUACCCAGUGACAAGAAAAGGACUCUGGCAUGCAGUGAACUGCUCCAUCUCAUUCCAGAGGGAGCUCCAGAGGUGAUGGCCCAGCAGCUGUUGGUGAUCUUCAGUGGCUAUUACAUUAGACUCUUGAUUAGUGGUCAGCUCCCUCAGGUCAUCAUGUUACGGCAUGUGGAACACAUGAAUAUUCCCUGCCUUUGCCAGUUCAUAGAGAUGAAUGUGCUUGACACAGGACACUGUUGGUUCAGGACCAGGUGACAUGAGGGGCCUGGAAAGAGUUGUUGCAAUUAAUACUGUUCAAAUACAGUGGUCAAUGGAAGAAGCCAGGGCAUAGGGAAAUCCCGGAGAGAGAUACAACUGCAUCAGGGAUUUGUUUUGACCAAUGAGAGGACAGUAAUGAGGUGGAGGACAUGACUUUAGUUAAAUAUUCAAAAUCCCAUUCAGAGACAAUAAAAGAGACAGAUACCUAACUGCCCAACCGCCCUCUUGAACAGGAGCCAAAUCUCAUGCGAAGAAGUGAAUUGUGCUGCUUAUGACUUCCUUACUUCUCAUCAGGUCUGUUGGCCAUCCAAUACAAAUAGUUGCAUUUAAGUGUGUUUGUAAUGAACUAUCAACUCAUGCUGUGAACAGUGCAAGUAAGGAUCAUGCCUGGAUGAUGCACAGCAUGUAAAGUUCAGAUUGUUGAAUGUUUAAUGCAAGGAACAUGGCAAGAUCAUGGCUAGUUAAGUUUCCUCUUUUAUGCCCCACUCAUGUUCCUUUCAUCAUGCAUGUGUGAUCCUUGCAUUUUUCCCAGCAUAGGGAAAUGACCUGGCUAUUAUCUUUAUUUUCUUGCACAGACAUGCUCUAUUUUCUUUGGCUCUUGAGAUCAGAGCAUAACAUCUCUCAUGCUUGCUCCAUGCCGGCAGAAACUCACAAACUCUUAGCAUCCCAUUUGUUCGGGACUUUUGUUGGUAUUUGUUAUUUUCUAGACACGGACACUGCACUCAGCACUAUACAAAACACAGAAGAUGUCACUACCUCUGACCUGGAGAAUUGUUACCCUAGGAGCAUGAUCAGAAAUGUCCCCCACGCCUUUGACUCUACCAGGAGUUAGGGGUGAUGAACAACUUCCAGAAGGUGCUUUAAAAGACAGACAACAUGGAACACACUACGAAAUCUUAAGCAAAGUUCUUUAUUGAGCACCUUUUCUACAGUUUUGGGACAGUAUUUUUUUUUAUGCUAUCAUUUGUAAAUGACAUGGAAAAGGAAUUAGUUUUAAGCAGGAGACCAAAGUAUCUGCUUGUUACCGGGUUAAUUUAAUAAAUGGCAAGUGAACGAA